AUGAAGCAGGCAUUGCAAGGAAUCGACUAUGUGCACAGCCGGCAUUUUCUGCACAGAGACAUCAAGACGGCCAACAUAUUGCUAGAUUCGUUUGGGACCGUGAAGCUUGCCGAUUUCGGACUGGCAAGAAUUUACCACGGGGUGUAUCCGGACACCCCAGAGUCUCUACCCGGAGGUGGGAGGCGUGAAUACACUGGGUUGGUGGUAACAAGGUGGUACCGGGCCCCGGAGUUGCUUAUCGGUGUACGGAAGUACACCACUGCAGUCGAUAUGUGGGGGAUGGGUUGUGUUUUUGGGGAAUUGUACAAACGAGAUGCUAUUCUACAGGGGAAGUCCGAUCUCGAUCAGGCAGAUCGUAUUUUUCAGUUGGUCGGGGCGCCAUCCGAGUCCAAUUUCCCGCAUAGCAAGCAGGAUAACCGAAACGGCAUAAAUUUGCUUGUGGACUAUCCGCGGACACUGGACAAGGAGUAUGGAACUUUGAUGGACGAUCAGGCACUUGAACUGUUUGAUGGAAUGCUGAAAUUGGAUCCUGUGAAGCGGUUCAACGCGAGAAAAGCACUUGGAGCUGCCUAUUUCAGCACUGAGCCGUUACCCUGUCUUCCUGGAGAGAUUCGGAAGUAUGAAGAGAGUCAUGAGUCCGAUUUCAGCCAUGCAAGUGGUCCACGGAAGCCGGAAGUUGAGAGAGGGCCUGAAAGUGCUGUUAGGAGUAUUAAACAAAGCCCAGAAAAGGCUGCUUCUUCUCGUUUUAUCGGCAGGCAGCAGACCAGGCAAUCAAGUUCAUGGACUGCAUCACAUGGAAAAACACACAAUUGGCAAGGCAGAAACGAUGGAUGGGGAAGUGGGUGGACGAGUCGGAGGCCUUUUUCGGAUAAUAAGCGGUACGAGAAACGUCUUCCUAGCUCUCAGGCCAGCAGCUCAGAUUUGUAUGGCUCUGAAGCCAAUCAAAGCUUUAGUGCUAUGCGAAAGUAUCUACACGAGAAGAAGAAAGAGUGA